AUGUACAACCGCACGGAGCAGCUGAGGGAUCUCGCGGAAGGUAUCAAAAAGUCCAACGAGUAUGAGAAGGACUGCAUCAUAGUAGUGCGAGAUGGCGGAUUCAUCCCGCAGAUGGCUGACGGCGAUAGCUCCGACGAAGAAGCGGAUGGCGACGAGCUGUUCAAGCAGUACAUGCACAAGGUGCAGGCUAUGCGUACCCUGAUAACGUCGAUUGACGACGGCGCAAAUGCCAUCACCUCCCUCAUAGAACUGAGCGCCUCCGCGGUCACCAACCACCAAAACGACGAGGUCAGCACCAAACUCGCCGAUAUCAUCGCACGCACCAACGAGGUGUGCACCCAGUGUAAGAGCGCCGCGUCCGCUCUAGAGCAGGCGAAGAGCCAGGGGACGCCCACGGAGGCGCGGAUGCGAGAGAAUGCCUACAACGUCUGCAUCAAGCACUUCCAAGCCGCAAUCAAGCGCUACCAGGACUCCCAAAUCACCUUCAAAAAGGCCAUAAAGGAUCGCACUGUGAGGCAGGUGCAGCUCAUAUACCCGGAGAUGGACAGCAACGAGCUCGACCGCAUGAUGGCACCGGGCAAGGCCCACUCCAUGCUCGAGCAUGUUGCGCGGUCGUCGAUUAUCGGAACUGCCAGCCUGACGGAAGCUGUGCAGAGCAUACAGUCCAAGUACAACGACGUUCUGGCGCUGGAAGACAGCGUCGAGGAGCUGCACCAGAUGAUGAUCGAGCUCGCCGGUGUGGUCAGCUACCAGGGCGACCUCAUCGACCAGGUGGAGUACAACACGAUGAAGGCGGUGGAAUACACCGAGAAGACGAACGUGGAGCUCGUCAAGGCGUUGCACCUCAAACGUCGGAGCAGCAGGCUCAUCAUGUUUAUUACGCUCGGGGCUAUCGCCGCGGGGCUGGCCAUCGGACUGCCUAUCAUACUCAAGAUCACCUGA